CUGUCCUACUGUAUCUAACAUUCAGCGACUCAGCGAGAGAAACGGACCUGAAGACAACAUGAACACACCUGUCACAGAAGAUGUCUACCAAAAGCCCCGCCCACCUUCACUGAAACCUCUACGUCUUAAAAUGCGCAGUUCUGUUUCAGAGCCUGUAAACCAGCAGAUGCCACCCUAUCUAGAGAUGCUACAAGCAGAAGGGUCACAGAACAUGAGGGAACAUGUUCCAAACACCGGCGGUUGUUACUCUGAUGUACGAAAUCCUCCUCCUUUACCAGUCAAAUCUAAAAUGUGCAGAGCCAGUGAAAACACCCCCUGUAGGCCUGAAUCUCCAAAGCUUUUACCCAGAUUGCCUAGUGAAGAACUGUAUCAAAGUCCCAGACGGUCCCAGUUUGCUUCACCCCAGUCCAGGCAAUUCUGUAUCGAUUCCUCGGGAACAACAAACCCUAUGCCAGUUUUUACAGAGACCAGCACUGGGUAUCUAUUAAUGCAGCCUACAUUACAGUAUCAGAACAUGAGGGAACAUGCUGCAGACACAGGCAGUUUUUCCUCUGAUGUACAAAACCCUCCUCCUAUACCAAUUAAAUCUAAAAUGCGCAGAGCCAGUGAAAACACCCCCUGUAGGCCAGAUUCUCCAAAGCUUUUACCCAGAUUGCCUAGUGAAGAGCUGUAUCAAAGUCCCAGACAGCAGUUUGCUUCACCCCAGUCCAGGCAAUUCUGUAUCGAUUCCUCGGGAACAACAAACCCUAUGCCAGUUUUUACAGAGACCAGCACUGGGUAUCUAUUAAUGCAGCCUACAUUACAGUAUCAGAACAUGAGGGAACAUGCUGCAGACACAGGCAGUUUUUCCUCUGAUGUACAAAACCCUCCUCCUAUACCAAUUAAAUCUAAAAUGCGCAGAGCCAGUGAAAACACCCCCUGUAGGCCAGAUUCUCCAAAGCUUUUACCCAGAUUGCCUAGUGAAGAGCUGUAUCAAAGUCCCAGACAGCAGUUUGCUUCACCCCAGUCCAGGCAAUUCUGUAUCGAUUCCUCGGGAACAACAAACCCUAUGCCAGUUUUUACAGAGACCAGCACUGGGUAUCUAUUAAUGCAGCCUACAUUACAGUAUCAGAACAUGAGGGAACAUGCUGCAGACACAGGCAGUUUUUCCUUUGAUGUACAAAACCCUCCUCCUAUACCAAUUAAAUCUAAAAUGCGCAGAGCCAGUGAAAACACCCCCUGUAGGCCAGAUUCUCCAAAGUCUUUACCCAGACUGCCUGAACAAGAACUGUAUCAAAAUACAAAUGCACAGUUUUGUUUACCAGAGACCUUCCAAUGUGUCCAAACUCCCUACAACGGCCAGACUGCUUCUCCACUUUUCACAUCACCUGUAUCAGCUAAUCAAGCAUCGCCUGUAUACCACAACACUGAGGAACAAGAGUUUUGUUUACCAGAGACCUUCCAAUGUGUCCAAACUCCCUACAACGGCCAGACUGCUUCUCCACUUUUCACAUCACCUGUAUCAGCUAAUGAAGCAUUGCCUGUAUACCACAACACUGAGGAACAAGAGAGAGACGAUGGAUGGAAUAAAUUGCAGAGAUCUGUCGAAAGUCACAGAAUCAUGUCAGGGCUGGAUCCUCUGCAGUGUCUCAGUCCCGAGACGGUGAGCAGGUAUUUGACCAACUUAGCAAUACAAAUGCGCCUGGCUCUGUGCUUUUUCCACUCUAUGAUGCUGAUCAGUGGCGAGAAGUUGCGCUCAAACAUCACUGAGCUUCACAGCAUCGCAGACAACCUGGACAAGGUGCAGAAGAGUACUGGGCUGGGUGCAAGAGCAGCCGUCAAAAAAAAUAAAAGCGACAAAGUGGACCGUAAGAGGCUGGAGAGAGUGGUUCAGGAGUACCAGACAAAUAUAACAGAAGUGGAAAAACAUCUGUGUUUUAUCCUGUCUGGCAUGGUGCAGAUUCAUAGUUACGAUGUGAUGAGGCUGCCAAGUUUGGAUGCUGAGGCAGCAUGGUUGGUCAGGCUGGUGGAUAAGGUGUACCAGGAAAAUGCAAGCCUAAGCUCAGGCACAUUUCAGAACCAGGUGUUGAAUAUGAGUGUCCUGAAGGCAUUUGAAUUGUGGCUGGAUAUUUUUUUUACAGAUAAUGGACAAAAAGUUAAAAAAGGCUUGAAGUCAAAGUUUGGUGAAAACAUCAGGACGAUGGCACGGCAGCUACAGGAAGGACUGGAUCAAGUAUAUAAAAUGUGGGAGCUGUUCACACAAUUUGCCCCCAUGGUUUGAUGGUGUUUUUACACCUGAAAGUACAGACCUUGUCCGUGAUUCUCUUUAUUACAUUGUGUUUGUUACAUUAUGCACAUUUUGUCCGAUUAGUUUUGGAUUCUCACUGCAGUUUAGUGACUGAGUGGCCUAAAGAAUUUUACUACAUUUUGUCAUCCUUGUACUUCACAAUGAUUAUGUCGAAUUUUGUCAGUUCGACAAGUUGCUUUUUAUGUGUUGUGCCUACAGCUUCCAGAAUUUGACACCCUUUAUUGGCAAUAGCUUGCAUCAACUUCCCGUAAAUGGUCUAAAACCAAUUGGUAAAACCAUCUAGAAAAGCACUUUCGACAAAAACAAACCAUAUCAGGAUGCAGGAAGUCCAGACUGUUACCAACACUUUUGGACUGACCAAAUUUUGUCUCUUUGGUCAGGACUUGGGGUGGGUGAUAUGGUCUUAAAGAUCUCAUUCUGCUAAAAUCCACUUUCUCUUGUACUUUGUGAAAUACUAUCUCUCUGAGUUGUAAAAGGAUGCUGCAUAUGAAUCUCUUUCUCAGCCUCCCUUGUUUGAAGUAGCUAGUAAAAGAAAAGCCUCAGAAAAACGAGUUGAUCAGAGGGACGUUAGGGUGUCUACGUCAACCAGUGAGUUCAUCGCCUCGUCCACCUCGGCUCAGGACCACCCACAGGCAGCGCUGAACCCAGGCUACAGCAUUAGGAGCUAUAGCUAACAGCUCCUCCUUUGCACGAUUUAACAAGGCAGCUAAACUUCGACAGAACACCAGUCAAAGGAGUCGAUGGAUUUUAUGUUAUAGAGUGGACUCUAGGGCUUCGACGUGGUGACACUGUCCAAGCACCGAACCACCAAGAAGGGGUACAAUUUGUGGCUUUGUGGCCACUCUUUGUGGCCGGGAGGCUGGCGUCGCGUGAUACAUAUUUUAAUUUAGAUGGUAGAUGAUAACAUUAUUUAUGAACGAUGUCACAAACAAUUACAGUUCAGUGCAAUCCCAUGCCCACUUAACAGCAGAGAUGUAUAAAGUACUAGAGACCCAGAGUUAAGUAAAAGUACAAAUACUCUGUUCUUUUGGCAUCAUACUUAGGUAGAAGUACUAAAGUAUUCAACAUUUUUGGUACCUAAGUAUUGCAAGUUGUUUAUUUAAAAAAGGUAUACUCAAGUACUAAAAGUAAAUGUACAAUUAUUGUGUUGUGUAGUUUUAUAGAAACAAGUCAACAUUUUGAAUAUCAUAUUGUUUAUAUUGUUUUUUAGACGUUUAGACUGAAUGACACCCAAUUCAUCUGGCUGUAGCCACAGCACAAGAACAGGAAUGUACAGGAUAGAGUACAUAAAGUCUUAAAUUAACUCUCUAAACAAACUUACCCAAAAGAGAGGCUAAACAGUAAGCCAUUAGGAUCCUUUAACAAAUUUAGCAUAAAAGGUCACUAUAUGGUCUAUCACAGUUGUAUAAUCAACUAAAGCUGUCAAAUGCAAAGGGAUUAGAGCACCUUCAUCAUGGAUUUAAAAUGAUUCCUAACAUUUUUAUAAUUAUAACUAGCAGAUACAAAGAAAAAUAGACUUAAAAGUGGAAAAGCUACUCACAACUCAGUAUGGAUAUAUAUAUAUAUUUUUACCUUUUUUUCACAUGAAUCUGAAUAUGACCUCAUAUUUUGUGUAUCAGAUGGGGGACAUCAUGUCUGACAACAACAGAAUAAAGAGCACUUUUAAAUAUUGUGUGCUUCCUCAGCAGAGAGAGUAUAGAUAAUCAUUUGCGGUGCCUGAAUCCCUAAAAGGACUGGUGACGCCCCUGGUAAUGAGUAACAAUGA